AUGACCAACUCGUCGACGCUGACCAACUUUUGCGACCAAGUGGCGCCAAGUGUCUUGACGGCCGAGCCGACGUUGAGCGCGCUCUGCGACGGCUGCCAACGGAUGCACGAGACGUCGGCAUUUAGCGACUGGAUCGACGACAACUGCGUACACAAUGCACGGGUCGAUGGUUUGUCAACCUUUUGCAUUUUUUACCGGAGCCCGAAGGUCUACCCCGAGCUGAGCCCCGCGUGCCGCUAUGCCACGAUGGAGUCGAGAUACGACGCAUCGUUCGCGGACAUAUGCUACCACACGACGUUUCCCGCCAAGAUCCAACGCGAUGCAAAGGCACUCGCAGCGUCGGCGGUCGCGCUGGGUGUGAUGAGCCUCGUCCUUGCAUUUGUGCUCUGCUGUCUCCAGAGCUCCCGAGACGCAACGUGCCGCUAG